UCUCUCUCUCUCCCCCACCCAUGUGAUCUCUCAGGCAGGCGUCGCUGUGCACAAUCUCCAGCCCUCCGCCGGCUGCAGCUAAUGAGUCUUUGUGUGGCUCGAGCGAAUGAGAGAGAGUCUUUGGUCUGUUUUAGACCGGAGCGUAUGCUAACAGCAGUGGAGACCGGGUUUACCUCUCUCGCCCCGGUCUCCUCUCGCGUCUCAGUGCAAUGGAGGGCCUUCAUUCAGACCGUCUCAUCUGGCUCUGAACGGCGUGAGGGAGGAGAGUAAAGCAGCAGCGGACGCAGCCUGACGGCAGCCAUGAGUGGAAUUCUGAAGAGGAAGUUUGAGGAGGUGGAGGGAGCGUCGCCCUGCUCCUCACUGAGGGAGUCUGAGGAGGAGGAGAUAUCCAGCACUGAGAGCGGAGACAGCAGCGACAGCGUCAACCCGUCAGCAUCACACUUCAGCCAUUCUUCAUCAGCAUCAUCCUCGUCAUCAACACACGCACUGCAGCGGACAGCAUCCUCGAUACUGAAGCGGGAGAAGCGGAUGAGGACGAGGAGGGUGCACUUUGAGAAGGUGACUGUGUAUUACUUCAGCCGGAGGCAGGGAUUCACCAGCGUGCCCAGUCAGGGUGGCAGUACACUGGGCAUGUCCAGCAGACACAGCUGCGUGCGGCAGUACACGCUGGGAGAAUUCGCCAUGGAGCAGGAGAAAAUCCACAGAGACAUGCUCCGAGACCACUUGAAAGAGGAGAAACUCAACUCUAUUCGUCUGCGGUUGACGAAGAACGGCUCGGUGGAGUCUGAAGAGGCUAAUGCUCUCACGCUGGAUGACAUCUCUGACGAUGACCUGGACAUUGAUAACACAGAGGUGGAUGAAUACUUUUUCCUUCAGCCACUGACCACUAAGAAGCGGCGCACUCUGCUGCGCUCAUCCGGGGUUAAGAAGAUCGAUGUGGAGGAGAAACAUGAGCUACGAGCCAUCAGGGUGUCCAGGGAAGACUGUGGCUGUGACUGCAGACUCUUCUGUGACCCGGAGACCUGUGCAUGCAGCCUCGCUGGCAUCAAGUGUCAGGUAGACCGCAUGUCAUUCCCGUGUGGCUGCACAAAAGAGGGCUGCAGCAACGCAGCCGGCAGGAUCGAGUUUAACCCCAUCCGAGUUCGGACUCACUUCCUGCACACCAUCAUGAAGCUGGAACUAGAGAAGAGCCGUGAGCAGCAGCAGAAUUCCGGCACCAUCGCGCCGAACGGCAACGGUUUCCACAGUGACCCGAACGGUCACUGCAGCCCCCUGGCGACGGGCCAGCAUGCACUGGAAUAUGUGAUCCCGGAUACAGUCCCGCAAACCACCAUCAUGCACCUGCAAGCCGGCGAUGACAUGGACGACACCUUGGAAGACGAGGACGAAGAAGACGACGAGGAUGAGGAAGAUGAGGAAGAGGACGAAGACGAUGAAGAAGACGAGAACGAAGAGGACGAGGAUGAGAGCAGCAGUCUGUGCAGUCUAUCCGACUCCAGCACACAGAGUUUGGCGAACAGCGACUCUGAGGAGGAAGACGACAAUGAGGACGAAGACAAGACGGAAGAGUUUGACACGGGAUUGGCCAAUAGCGAAGUGGCUCCGCCCCCUUCCAUGAUGCGUUACUCGGAGAAUACGGUCACGUCGGGCAACCAAACGAACGGCAACUCCUAUUUCAUCAACUCCACCGCGGAGUACUACCCAAUGGAAAACGCUACUCCACCCGCACUUUUAACCUCUGCCAACCAAUCUAGUGAGCCCUACGUAGGGGACACAGCAUCCUAUCAAGACAGGGUUAAUGACUCCAGUAGGGUCAUGUCUCAGGCUCCUUACAAUGUGACCGCUGACCAAUACACAGACUACUCCCAGCAGCCUGAGCAGCCAUACACCAAUCACCACUUGGCCGUGAUUGGCUGUUGCGCCUCACAGCCAGAUAAAAGCGUCCAAUCCAAAGGGACCUUCCUCAGCCAAUCGGGAGAGCUGAGCCAGAUGGAAUUACAAAACUAUAUGAACAACAAUACACAGGAUACAAGUUACAACGCCAAUGGGAAAUGUUACUUAGCUGAACAGCCAAAGGAGAUAUCUCACAAUCUGCCCGAAGUUUCGCUAGUGGACAACACAAAAGGACCUACUUUACUGGACGCUUUCGCUGAGCCCACUCCGGUUUAGAUUCAGAGAGCAGCAAGGGUAUAAAAGCAGCCUUCGAUUCUGCACAUCAACGUUUAGUUUCCUGUUUAACGUUUGGCGGAUCCAAAAAUAUGUAUUUUUACUGAACUUUGCGAAGAACAAAAAUGAUUUAAACUGCAAAAUCAGAGCAUAUAAGCUUUAGGUUGGAAACACUCUACGCAAGUACGUGAACGCAAACGAUUCUUUCUACACAAGCUUGAUUUCAAUAACGCAAUGGGUCUUAUUCACUAAUAAUUGCUUGGUAUAUUUUGCAUUUGUACAUACAGGAGAACUUGAGAAAUUUCUGCAUACAUGUCGAUGUGCAUUCUCAACCUCAACUGAAAUUUGAAUAAAAAACACCCAAGCCAUCUCCAUAUUAGGUUUUUCCCACAUUUUCUUUUAGAGCCUUUUAGCACUUUUAGCCAGAGCCGUCCAUAACGGGGAGAAAGGUGGCGGCAAUUCAUCUUAACAUGAUUAUAACACGAUUAAUUUCAUCUUAAAGGGUUGGUUCACCCAGAAAUGAAAAUUAGCCUGUGAAUUACUCACCCUCAAAGACAGUUUUUAAUAUAACGCCGAUUGGAUUCAUCUGAAAGAAGAAAGUCAUAUACACAUAGGAUGCCUUGAGGGAGAGUAAUUAAAGUGCUAAUUUUCAUUUUUGGGUGAACUAACCCUUUAACAUGAUUAUAACAUGAUUCAUUUCAUCUUAACAUGAUUAUAAGGCCACCAGUACGUGGUUUUUCCGUACAUGUGAUUUCAGUUGUUCCAAUUUUUCUUCUGUAAAUUUACAUGAAAUUUUAGGACGAAAAUUCUUGAUUUGUUCAUGAUACAUUUGUAUGCAGAUUUCAAGCACAAAUUCAUGCAUGCACAUGCUUAGUGAAAAAUGAGACCCAUUGUUUUUAAAUCAACAAACAUUAGUAGCUAUUCUAGCGCCCCCUGAGGUUAAUUACUGCUAGAGCAAGAACUUAAAGGGAUAGUGUACCUAAAAAUGAUUUACUCACCCUCAUGUCAUUCCAAAUGUUUUGGAGCACAAAAAAUAUAUAUAUAUAUAUAUAUAUAUAUAAAAUGAAGGUAAAUGGGGUCUAAUGUUGCUUGGAGUCCAACAUUGUUCAUUCUACCUUCUUUUAUGUUCUGCAGAAGAAUACAUGAGGGUGAGUAAACAACAGAAUCUUCAUUUUUGGGUGAACUUUAGGUUCGCGCUUGCAAGCAUCGGCCAAGCGUUUACAUACUAGCAUAAAGUCUAUUCCUGGCCUUAGGCUCGUGCAAUGUUUCUUGUAAUUUUAAAAGUUCUAGUUUUGAGCAGAAAUGUGGAUAGAACUUUUCUAUGUAUCUGUGUCAGUGGUGCAAAAAAGAAAACAGAAAAAAAAGGUUGUUGCUGUAAGUGUUCUGAAGUAAGUGUAUAUCUAAAUGUUUGAUAAAAGCAUGUUUUUUUUUAAGCUUUCAUCGCUGGUUUAUGGUUUUGUAAAAGUUUGAUGUUCUGUAAAAGAGAAAACAAUACUGUUGCGUUUUCGUACACAUACUUCAUGCUUUUAAGAGUUGGUGAAAGCAUGAAAACGGCUCUUAAAAUGUGUGCUGCUCAUUUGCCUUUGCUUACAAAACCAAAACUGUGAUAUUUAAGUUGUGAACAUGAUACAUUUCCUCAACAUUAUUGCACUUUUCCAUUGGCUGAUGUUACACAGAACCACAACCAAUUGUGACCUGAGCACUGAAGGGGGCGGGGCUAUCCAUUACCAUGCCAUGACUAAGGCUGCAUUCAGAAUAGAAUACUUGAUUACUGCAUAGUAUAUACUGUAUACUAUGGAAUAAAAAAAAAAAAGAUAACUGCAACUUUUUAUCUCACAACUCAUGAUUCUGAAUUUAUGUCUCGCAAUUCUAACUUUUUUCUCAGAAUUGCAAGAUAUACACUCAGAAUUCACACUUUCUUUCUCACUUCGCAAUUGUUUUUUUUUUUUUUUUUGUUUCUAACACAAAAUAAAAACUGUAAUUGUGACUUUUUAUCUCUCGAUUCUGACUUUUCUCUCAACUGCGAGUUUAUACCACACAAUUCUGAGUUUAUAUCUUGCAAUUCUGCCUGUUUUCUCCGAAUUCCAAGACAAAAAGUCUGAAUUGUGAAAUAUAAAGUCACAAAUACCUUUUUUAAAAAAAGAAAUAAAUAAAUCAUCUCGUUGUGGAAACAACCUUUCAUAGUAUACUAACAAUUAUUUUUAAAUAAUAGAAAAAAAUAAUUAAUUUACAUAUUUUCAUUAAACAUUUGCAGAGUGAUUAAAUUAUAUCAAGAAAAAGUAAGGAAAAACUAAAUUGUCCCUCAUAUUACUUUUGGAUACAGUGCAUACUGUAUACAUGGUAGUAUGUUAGCAUGCUAUUCUGAACACAGCCCUAAAUUAUGUUUUUAUAGCAUAUCUCCAAGUUUGAAGGACAUGACAUGACAUGAAGGAUUUGUCACUAACACUAUAUAUAUAUAUAUAUAUAUAUAUAUAUAUAUAUAUAUAUAUAUAUAUAUAUAUAUAUAUAUAUAUAUAUAUAUAUAUAUAUAUAUAUAUAUAUGCAUUUUCUCUAAAAUGGCAGAUGGGAGAGAGAAGGCAGUUAGAUAACAGAUUUAACUUUUUAAACCAGAUUACCAUAAUAAAAAUUAUCAAACACUUUGUCUUAUGAAACUCUGAGAUACUAAAGUCUUAAAUUAUCUUUGGGAUUAUACAGGGAUUUCUGAUGAAAUGCACUUUGAAAUACAUCAAGUUACUGCGAACCAACAUGGUUUUUAAAAGUGUUUCAAUUACAAAGUCUAGAAUACAAAUGAACUAAUAUAAGGUUUGUACAAGGUAAUACUUUACAUUUAUUGCAUAAUAGAUAGUAUUGAAUGGAUGGAAGCCAGGAAGGUGAUUUUUCUCAAUUUAUAGCGAUACAUAUUUUAUGGCAUGAUGUGAAAAUAUUCUCUCAAUAACUGUGCUGAGGAUUUUGAGAGGAAAACAGAUAAUUAUUCUUGUCACGGUUAUUUAAUUUAAAAAUCAGCUUUGACUGAAUAAAUCAUUCUGAAGAGUAAUUUGUUAAGUGCAAUAGUUUACAGUGUGAUAAUGCCACACAUGAAAGCUAAUGUUCAUUGAAAGGAGUGAAUUCAUUUCACAUCAGAUUUCCUCCCAUGUUAAAGGGAAAGUUCACCCAAAAAUAAACAUUCAGUCAUUAUUUACUCACCCUCAUCCAUGUCAUUCCAAACCCGUAUGCUGGUAUUUUGUCCCCUAAAAAAAAGAGACAUUUAAAAAAACAAAUCUUCAUGCUAUGAGGGUCUUUAAAUAAUCACAGAAUCAUUUUUGUGUGAAAUACUACCUUAAAGCACUGACGACUUGAGAUGAAGCUGUUUUUAACGCACAAACCUUAUGAUGCAUCUGUCAGUUUGUUUAUCCUUUUGAUGGAAAGAGUCAUUGUCCAGUGGAGAAUGCUCCUCAAUAAACUCAAGUCAGGACAAUCAAAUGCCUUUUAUGUCAUCAACAUUGUAGCAUGACCUCGAUGGGUGGUAAUUAAUUAAUCAGAUCCUUAAAGGUGGAGUGUGUUGUUGAAAACUUGUUUCCCAGCUUAAUAUGCCGAACUAUAACUAGGACCUUUAACCUCAUGCAUUUACCCAGACAACAACUCUUUAUGCUAAAAACAUGAAAUAUGGCUCACAAUGCAUCGCUUUGAGAGGUGUGUGAUUACCUUUCCCUAUGGAAGCCUAUUUUCAUCACAUAUGAACAUAAAAUUAUAAUUAUGAUAUAAAAAGUCAUAAUGAUACAUAUGAUAUAAAAACUUUAAAUUAUGACAAAAGUUUUGUGAUUAAAGUGAAAUUUUGAGAUUUAAGUCAUAAUUAUGACAUAAGUCAUAAAAACGAGAUAAAGUCAAAAUUAUGACAUUCUAACUUAUUAAUAUGAUACAGAAAUAAUCUAAAUUAUAACUUUUAUCUCAUCAUUUUGACUUUUUGUCACUUUACACUUUUGAUGUCAUAAUUGCUGUCAAUUUCACCUGUUUUGUAAUAAUUAUGACUCUUUAUCUCAAAAUUCCAACUGUUUAUCUCAUAAUUUUGCCUUUUUGUCAGUUUUGACAUUGGAUGUCAUAAUUUUGACUUUUUGUUACAAAUUACUUUUUAUCUCAUAAUUCUUUCAGCAACUUUUGAUGUCUUAAUCAUCAUAAUUUCAACUUUUUUGUAUUUGUGUAUGACUCAUAAUUUCUACUGCUUAUCUCAUAAUUUUACAUUUUUGACAAUUUUGACUUUUGGUGUUAUUGUUUUUGUCACAAUUAUGACUUUAGAUCUACUUUUGAAUUUCUGUUACCAAAUCAUAAUUAAGACUAUUAUAAUUUCAUAAUAUUGAGCAAUAUCAUAAUUUUGAGCAUCCACCCAGAACAUCCUAGAAACACUCGUGGCUGCUAAUAGUGCAGAAAUUACACAUUUCACCUUUAACGAUAAAUCAAACGAAGAGAGAAGACGUGUUUUCAAAUGACUGAAAAUACUGAAUGUUGCAAUGGGAAUCUGGGCAGCAGCAUUGGAUCACUGCCUUGGCUUAAGUAACCAGUGGUUUACUUAAACGCGAAUGCCUUCAUUUUCUGAUUUAUUUUUGCCAUUGUUCCAGAGACUACGAAAGCAAAUUCACUCUUUUUUUGCCUUCUAGGAUUUAUUGUCGGGACAUUGGUCCAGAUUUGUCUUUACUUCACCUCUUGACUUACACACACAGUGCUGGCACAACAGACCUCAGUCUUUGAUGCAUUAUGAGAUAUGAAAGACACGUGUACAGAUGUAUAAUGUCAUUGAAGCCUGUGCUACAGCAGGACCGGAAGAACUGGCAGCAGACAGCAGUCGUCAUAUCAUGUUACCAGUUAAAAUCGCAGUUCUCGUUCUGUUUUCAGUAUUUCUAAUGAAUGAUCUAUUAUAAUGUGUAUUUAUUGUGCGUUCCUUAAACGGUAUGUAUUGAAUAAAGAUUCUCUUUGUUAAAGUG